AUGGCUGAGGAGGCUGGUAGCUGCCGGAACGCCGUCGUCCGUGCACGCGUGGAAGUUCGGAUCCACAUGGCGGCGCGGGUCGGGGACGCCGCGGCGCUGCGUUGCGCGUUGGACGAGGCGACGCUGGUCAUGGCGGCGGGGGAGGCAGGAGAGGGGCUGGAGGCGGUCCGCUGCGCCGUGGCCGCGGAGGCUAACGAGGCCGGGGAGACGCCGCUCCGGGCCGCCGUGGAUAAGGGCCUCCUCGAGGUGGUGGUGGAGCUGCUCCGGCACCUCGACGCCCAGGGCGUCGCCGGAGAGGCCAACGAGGCCGGGAAGACGCCGCUCCUGGUCGCCGCGGAGAAGGGCCACCUCGAGGUGGUGGUGGAGCUGCUCCGGCACCUCGACGCCCAGAGCGUCGCCGCGGAGGCCAACGAGGCCGGGGAGACGCCGCUCCUGGUCGCCGCGGAGGCCAACGAGGCCGGGGAGACGCCGCUCCUGGUCGCCGCGGAGAAGGGCCACCUCGAGGUGGUGGUGGAGCUGCUCCGGCACCUCGACGCCCAUGACGGGCGUCGCCGCGAAGAACAGGUCGGGUACGACGUUCUGCACGUCGCGGCCAGAGAAGGGCAUCAUGGUGAGACUUCCAUGUUCACCACUUUGCUGCCUCCUCACUCCUGCUUGGGAUUUGUGCCCUCUCUGGCCGCCUACGGUUCUCAAGCGGGACAUUCCAUGGGAGACAUAUAUGUCAACUAAGCUGAUCACUUCAACAUGCCUUCAGCUUUUGAGGCGUUAUGACCACAAACCAGAAAGUCAGAGAGGUCCCUUGCUUGAUGAGGAGGAUGACGAUGCUGCCAUAAACGUGUCUAUGAUUGAAUCACGUGCAUCCCAGCUCCAAUCUUUUGCCUUCAAUGAUUUUGUUGCUUAUGCAUAGCUUCUGAAGGUCAAUGUAGCCACUUUGAUAUCAGUUUUUUCAAAAUUGGCAGCGUGUGUGAAGUUCAUGCCUAAAAGUAUUUGAAAGAUAAGUGUUUAUCUUUAUGUUCAAAAUGAAACAACAAAGGUAUAUCUGAAAAGGGUAUGUAGUUGGGAGAAAUCACAAUAAUACAGUGUGGUGAAUAAACAAGCAUUUUAUGUC